CAUAACUUGACUCUCGCUUGCAAAUCAAGUCCACAUAGUGCUAUCUGUUAACGGCGUCAGCUGAAAAAUCGUCGCUCGAGGAAGUGAGCAUUUCUUGAUCCUGCCAGUUUUUCGUCAGAUUUUUGAUUCAUUCUCAAUGGAUUAAGAUUUUUGGAGCCAAACGGUGACUGGGCACUGUCGAACACCACUACGAGACGUCAGCACCAAGACUAAUACUGAGGAAAGCGUCACAGAUAAACCUAACAAACCCGUCAGAUUCGCAGCAGCCUGCCAAGUCAAACAUCCCACAUUCAUGGAUCAAAACAGAAAGGGCACCAGAAAAGACACUCCUGCGCAUGUGCAGAUGCCUAGUCCAUUUCGGCGGCAAGUAAGAAAUAUGCCGUUGGAAACAAAACUCGAAGAAGAAGAAAAAGAUUGUCAAAAUGAAGUUAUUAUCAAAGAGAAUCAUGACAACCAGUCCGUUCCAAGGAGCAAGGAAACUGGCCAGACCCAAAGGACUCGCAAGCCAACGCCUGCAUACGUACAAAGACAAGUCAGCAAGAAAGGAAAACAAAAAAGUGUUUCUUUUGAUGAGGAAUUACUCGAAGAAGAAGAAGACGAAGCUAAGCAAAAACUUACCGGGGAUUUCAUUGAUAUUGCUAAGCAUCCAAUACUUCGAAAAGAUACACCUGCUGUAUUAACGAACCCAAAAUCCAAAACUAAAGCACGAACACUGAGCAACCAAGGCAGCAUUACCGAAGAAGAGGAAAACGAGGACGACUUUGACGAGACUCUGAUGAGUUACCGUCUGCGUAAACAAUCAAUACUGCAGUGCAGCCAUCCUUCGAUAGAAGAAGUCAGCCUGAAAGACAAUGACUGAACCAAAAGUGCAAAGCAAGUUUAACUCAUAAUAAUCAAUAUACAGCUAUGUCAAAAAAAAAGUUUUUGCAAGUUGCUUGUUGUUUACCAAGCUUAAAAUGUAUUAUAUUCAUAUGUAAAUAAUGAGAGCACAAAAUGAAAAUAUACCGAAAACCGAAAAUUAUCAUGCAAAAUCACCCAUAAUGCAUUUCGGGUUUGGUAUGCAACAAAAUCUGCAACAACCAGCGUCAAUGUAAAACAUUUCAGUCCAUGAUGGUUCACUCCACUUUAUUAACCGCUAUAACUCCACUGAAACUAAGCACUCUUGACAAAUGUUCAUAUGGCUCCUCCUUUCUCCUCCCCAACCUCUCACGGACCUCUAUCCACAGGGUGAAAAAGCUCACGUAGCUCACCUAAUCUGGUAAAGCGAACGCUUUACUAAGCUCAGAAUCAUUGCCGGCAUUCAGAGGCAGCGAGACGAAACAUGUGUUUUUGAUCCCAGAGAAUUAUUGCCAAAGAAUCAUAAGAAUAAACACAUUUUAUCAUA